GGGGGGGAAUUUCAGGUGUUUGAGGCUCCGCCCUGAAGGAGCAGAAGCAAAAUUUGGGGGAGAUUUGGGGUGUUUGGGGCUGUGCCCUGUUAGAGUGCCUCAGCCCCGAGGGGCCACCAUGAGGUUCAGGGUUUUUUAGGAGAUUUGGGGUGUUUGGGGCUAUGCCCUGAAGGAGCAGGGUCAGAGUUUUGGGGUGUUUAUUUGAGGAGAUUUGGGGUCUUUGGGACUCCAGCCCCAGGGACACACACAGACAUUUGGGGGCUUUUUUUGAAGCGUGUUUGGGGGACCAGCCCUGAGCACAGAGGAGGUUUGGGGUAUUUGAGGAGGAUUGAGGGUAUUUGGGGGCACAGCCCCAGGGACACACAGAGGUUUGGGGUGUUUCAGGAGAUUUGGGGGCACAACCCUGGGCACACACACAGAGAUUCAGGGUGUUUAUUUGGUGUUUUGGGGGGCACAGCCUCAGAGGAUUGAGGUGUUUCAGGAGGAUUUAGGGUGUUUGUGGGCACAGCCUUGGGCACACGCACAGAGGCUUGGGCUGUUUUUUGGGGGGUUUUUGGGGAGCACAGCCCUGGGCACAUAUACAGACGCUCAGGCUGUUUUUUCGGGGCACAGUCGUGAGUACAAAUAGAGAGGUUCAGGGUGAUUCAGGGAAUUCACACUCACAGAGGCCUGGACUGUUCCUCAGGGGGUUUUGGGGCUGUGUGUGAGCUGUUCUUCAGCCUGUUCCUCGAGGUGUUUUGGAGCUCUGUGUGGGCUGUUCUGGGGCUGUUCCUCGGGGUGUUUUGGGGCUGUGUGUGGGCUGUUCCUGGGGCUGCUCCUCGCGGUGUUUUGGGGCUGUAUGUAGGCUGUUCCUCGGGGUGUUUUGGAGCUCUGUGUGGGUUGUUCCUGGGGCUGUUCCUCAGGGUGUUUCGGGGCUGUGUGUGGGCUGUUCCUGGGGCUGCUCCUCGGGGUGUUUUGGGGCUGUAUGUAGGCUGUUCCUCGGGGUGUUUUGGAGCUCUGUGUGGGCUGUUCCUGGGGCUGUUCCUCGGGGUGUUUUGGAGCUCUGUGUGGGCUGUUCCUGGGGCUGUUCCUCAGGGGGUUUUGGGGCUGUGUGGGCUGUUCCUCGGGGUGUUUUGGAGCUCUGUGUGGGCUGUUCCUGGGGCUGUAUGUGAGCUGUUCUUCAGCCUGUUCCUCGGGGGUUUUGGAGCUCUGUGUGGGCUGUUCCUGGGGCUGUUCCUCGGGGGGUUUCGGGGCCGGUUGGGGCUCACGGCGGCGCUGUCCGGCGCAGGCGGGUCGCGAUGGUGAAGCUGUUCAUCGGGAACCUGCCGCGGGAGGCGACGGAGCAGGAGAUCCGCUCCCUGUUCGAGCAGUACGGCAAGGUGCUGGAGUGCGACAUCAUCAAGAACUACGGCUUCGUGCACAUCGAGGACAAGACGGCGGCCGAGGACGCCAUCCGCAACCUGCACCACCACAAGCUGCACGGCGUCUGCAUCAACGUGGAGGCCAGCAAGAACAAGAGCAAGGCCUCCACCAAGCUGCACGUGGGCAACAUCAGCCCCGCCUGCACCAACCUCGAGCUGCGCGCCAAGUUCGAGGAGUACGGCCCGGUCAUAGAAUGCGACAUCGUCAAGGACUACGCCUUCGUGCACAUGGAGCGGGCCGAGGACGCCGUGGAGGCCAUCCGGGGGCUGGACAACACCGAGUUCCAAGGCAAGCGGAUGCGCGUGCAGCUGUCCACCAGCCGGCUGCGGACGGCGCCCGGGAUGGGAGACAAGAGCGGCUGCUACCGCUGCGGGAAGGAGGGGCACUGGUCUAAGGAGUGCCCGGUCGAUCGCCCGGGGCAAGUGGCGGACUUUGCCGAGGCCUAUAACGAGCAGUACGGAGCCGUGCGCACUCCCUACACCGCGGGCUAUGGGGAGACCGUGUAUUACGAUGAGGCCUACGGCGGGAUGGCCGACUACUACAAGCGCUACCGCGUCCGCUCCUACGCCACGGCCUCGGCGUACGACGCCUACGCGGAGCAGACCAUGGCCCAGUACUCCCAGUACGCCCAGUACUCCCAAGUCCAGUCCUCGGCCAUGGCCGCCACCACGGCCAUGGCCGGCCGCAUCCCCACCACCUCCUUAGACGCGUACGACCGAGCGCUGCUGCCCACCCCGGGCGCGGCGGCCGCCGUCGCCGCCGCCGCCGCCACCGCCGCGGCCGCCGCCGCGUCCUCCACGUAUUACACCCGGGACAGGAGCCCCCUGCGCCGCACGGCCGCCGCGGCCAGCACCGUCGGAGAGGCGUACACGUACGAGCGUGGGCAGCUGUCGCCCGUCUCCUCGGUGGCCCGGGCGUCCCUCUACGACAUGCAGCGCUUCGGGCGGGACCCGUACGCGGACCGGGCGCGAUACUCCGCCUUUUGAGCCGGAGGUAAGAUUUGUGCGGCUGGACGUCGGGGUCCCGUCGCACGCCAACUCGGCGCCGCGCGUCUCGGGCCGCGCCGGGUGCCACCGCCGCCGCGUGCCGCUCCCGGGCCUGUUCCUUACGGACGCGCGGCUCGUCCUCAGCCCGGGCAGGAUUAGCUCAGCCCCUCCCCCAGCUUCCCCCGCCCCCCUGGGCAGGAUUUUGCUUUUCCAGGUAGUUUUGGGUCCCCACCCCAGGCUCAGGUGUGAGCGCGCAGCCGCAGCCGUCCCCCAGCGCCAGCUUUGCUUUGCUUCGCCGCCCCCUCGCUCCCCCGGAGCUCUUUCCGAGUCGUCGUUUUGCCUUUUUUUUUUCCUUUAUUUUUUAAGAGGGUGGAUAAUCCAGUGGUAGGUUUUUAGCCCAACGCUGUAGCUGACCGGAGGCCGCCGCGCCGCGCCGGCGGGGGUGGAACCCCCCGAGUGAUUUAGAGUCCCCCGACCCCACUUUCCGGUAAAAUAAAACUCAAAAUUUUUAACAAAA